AGUAAAAAUGAAUCAUCUUCGAAUCUUUGCGAGAAAUUCGCUGCGGCGGCGAGAUUUUAGUCUCCGAUCAACGUCUCGCUCCUUCUGUAACCUCUCACCGGAAUCGAAUCGCUCGUCGUAUGGCAUUGCAUUCGACAUCGAUGGUGUAAUUCUCCUUGGCUCCUCUCCCGUCGGCGGCUCCCCCGGCGCACUCCGACGACUCUAUGAUGAUUCCGGUGCUUUGAAGAUACCUUUCUUAUUCUUGACUAAUGGAGGUGGCCUGCCUGAAUCUAAACGGGCUUCUGAGAUGAGUCAAUUAUUAGGUGUUCAUGUUUCUCCGUCGCAGGUGGUACAAGGACAUUCACCUUUCCGGAAGCUAGUGAAUAGGUUUGGAAAUGAGCUCGUUGUUGCAGCUGGAAAAGGGGAACCGGCCUCGGUGAUGUCUAAUUAUGGUUUCAAAAACGUCAUUUCAUUGGACGAAUAUUCCUCUUACUUUGACAACAUUGAUCCUUUGGCCCCAUAUAAGAAAUGGAUGACCGGGCAAGACGGCCACAAGGAAACUAGAUCAAGAACAAAUAUUUUAUCCGAUAGAGUUCAGGCAGCAUUUAUAGUUAGUGAUCCUGUUGAUUGGAGCCGAGACAUCCAGGUCCUCUGUGACAUUUUACGAACUGGAGGACUUCCUGGGAAAGAAAUUGGACCUCAACCUCAUUUGUACUUUGCCAAUGACGAUUUAGACUACCAGACUGCGUUUCCUACUGAACGUCUUGGCAUGGGAGCUUUUAGAAUCGCGUUAGAAUCCAUUUUCAACAGAAUCCAUGAUGAGCUUCUAGAGUACACAUCUUUUGGGAAACCAAAUCCGUUCGUGUUCAAGAACGCAGAAGAUGUUCUGAAAGAAAUCGCUGCAUCAACUCGUACCCAUUCAAACCAAGGAAGUAACCACUUCAGGACACUGUAUAUGAUCGGAGACAACCCUAAAAUCGACAUCAGAGGCGCACGACAGGCCGGGAAUCCUUGGUUCUCAAUCUUGACAAGAACCGGAGUUUUCAAAGGGAAAGAUAAUCAUGCGGAGUUUCCUGCUGAUCUGGUCGUUGACACAGUCGAGGAAGCAGUUGAUUUCAUUUUGACAAGAGAGUCCGCUAAGCAAAGCUUACUUUGAGUUAUGUCACUCGAUUUAUUUAAGAUUUUAUUUAAACACACGUUGUGGUUUUCUUCAUCCAAAGAGAUUGUGUAAUAACCGAAUUGGCAGAAGCUCUGAUACCAUAACGAAGCAUGGCAAUUUUGUUUUUA